AUGUGGCGGACCCGAGAUUCUCAGAAAAGUGAUGAAGAUGUGGUGAAGGACCUUGGACGCUGCCGUAGCCAGCUUGCGGGCGAGCGGGUCAAGAAUGAGCAACGGGCUGGAGAAUGCCACUUCGAUGCUCACGCUGACACCGCUGAUGCUGCGGGCAUCGGCGCGGCUGAAGAGAACAGCGAAGGCCAAGCGGAGACUCCGAGUCUGGAGGAUGCAGAUUUCGAGAUGUCCAACCCAAUAGAGGAAACAGAAAAAGACCUUCGCGAGUGCUUCAACUGCAAUCCUGAGUUCGGGAUCAAUCUUGCUCCGCUCCUUGUUGGCCUGUGCUCAGAUCGCACGGUAAUCGAACAAGACGAAGCCUGGGACUACGAAGCACUCUUUCAAGAAAUCUCGGAAGACUUGGCGCGAGAAUCGGCUGAAGAGAAUCCUACGGCGCAAGGCGGAUAG